AUGGCACACCCUUCUAAUUAUUCCGAUCAACAAUCUCUCAUUGCUUUCAAGGCUUCUCUGCUUCUCGAUCCAUUUAAUUCCCUCCUCGAUUGGUCUCCCAAUCACACAUUUUGCAAUUGGACUGGUGUUACCUGUUCUUCUACUCGACAGCGUGUUGUUUCCUUGAAUCUCACAGCUAUGGGAUUACUUGGCCCAAUCUCUCCCUUUCUCGGAAAUCUUUCCUUCCUUAGAGUACUUGCUCUCAGAAAUAAUAGUUUGGAGGGCCAUAUCCCAUGUCAGCUUGGAAGGCUAUUUCGCCUGAGAGUGCUUCGGUUGUCUUAUAACAAACUAAGUGGAAGCAUUCCCCCCGAAUUCAGUCUUCUUUCAAAUCUAGAAGCCAUAGGCUUAGGAGAAAACAACUUGACAGGUAUCAUCCCACCUUUCUUAGGAAACAUGUCCUCUUUAAGUAUCAUAAACUUGGGAGAUAAUGUACUCCAAGGUGGUAUUCCUGCUGCGUUGGGUAUGCUUAGUCAGCUAAACUGGCUUUAUCUUGAUAUCAACAGCUUAACAGGACCUAUCCCCGUUGCCCUUUCAAAUUGCACUCAUCUCCAACUGUUGGCGUUAGAUCAGAACAACUUAAACGGCUCAAUUCCAUGGGAGUUUGGAAGGUUGUCAGAGUUGCAACUACUGUAUUUGUGGGGAAACCAACUCACUGGAGAAAUACCCACCUCACUGGGUAAUUGGACUCACCUGCAAUUGCUGUCUUUGGAUCAGAACCAGCUGAGCGGCACAGUGCCCCUGGAAUCUGGGAAAAUGCAGCAGCUGAGAUGGUUUGGUUUGUGGGGAAAUCAUUUAGAGAGUGGAAGCAGUGGUUUGUCUAUUCUAACAGUGUUGACUAAUUGCUCCGGCUUGGAACAUCUUGAUUUGGGAUCUAAUUAUCUCACUGGCGUCUUGCCCAUUUCAAUUGGUCGCCUUUCAAAUUCACUUUCAUACUUAGAUUUGCGGUCAAAUGAAAUUGGGGGAAAUAUACCAGAUGAGAUUGGUAAUCUAACAAAUUUGACAGAAGUACACCUAGAUGCAAACCGAUUCAAAGGGACCAUUCCAUCUGCACUCAGUAAACUUCCGAAUUUGGAGAGACUAACUUUGGACACAAACAAUUUACACGGAAGAAUUCCAAAAAUUUUUGGCCAAUCAAAAAGACUUGGAUUGAUGUCACUCACUGAGAACAUGCUUUCAAGACAAAUUCCAGAAAGUCUUGGCAAGCUUCCACAAUUAAGAAGGCUUUAUCUUCAUCACAAUCAGCUAUCAGGGAAAAUACCUGCCAGUUUAGGGAGAUGCAAGACGUUGGAAAUGGUGGACUUGGCGCACAACAAGCUAACAGGAAAUAUACCUCCUGAUGUUGCAGGUCUUCAGAAUCUCCAGUUCUAUUUCAACGUUUCCAGAAAUUUAUUGCAAGGUUCUAUUUUGGAAAUGAGCAAAAUGAUUAUGGUUUUAGCCAUAGAUGUUUCUCAAAACAAUUUCUCCGGUAGCAUUCCCAGUGCAUUGGCAAGUUGA